CCGGGCUGGGAGCUGUGGUACGGCGGCGGGGAGCCGGAGCGAGCUCACACACUACUCACCACAGCUACCAACUUCACGCACCAUCAUACCAUCAGAGUUCCACCGGAUAAAGCUGAGCCUGUGAUGGUGACUGCAAUGUGUCGCGUCGGCAACAAGAUGUGGCUCGGAGACUCAGCCGGCAGGAUCUCUGUUUACUCGGCUUCAAGCUGUGCUCUCGUAUGGUGUGUACGAGUGCAGGAGGCAGUAGGUGGAGCCCCGUCCGGUAUCGCAGCCCUGCACGCGCUGCCCGGCCUGCAGCGCGUCGCCGUCGCGCUCAGCAUAGGCAGGCUGUUCCUGGUGACUUCGAAAAGGCCUGAAGCUGAAGGUAGCUUCGUGCUCACUGAGCUGGGAACUGCUACUGAGCUGUGCUGCUUAGCUGCUGUGCCUUCGCCACAUGGUUGGGAGGUUUGGGCGGGCGGCGCUGGUCUUUGCUCAUACGCGGUGGGAGCGGGCGGAGUCUGUGCAGCCGACGUGCUGGCACCGGAGCCAAGGGUCACCCUCAUGGCUGCACCUGAAGACCAGCCGUUUGUCAUGGUCUACUACGAUCCAGGAGUGUGCGUAUACCAGUGGUCGGUGGGCUGCAAGCAGCAGUGCGCGAGGCUGGACUGCAGCAAGCUGGUGCCCUGCUCCGAGAGCCUGCAGUCCAUAGCCUUGGAUGAGCAUCUCACGGAGGACAAGUGUCGGGUAAGUGUGUAG